GGCUGUAAGCUAGGUGUAACCAGAGAGCUCCCAAUGGGGACGGUAAGGGGGCUGACUGGUUGACUGGGAAUGCUUUUACAAUGGAUCAAAUUAUUGGAGUGGGACUUUAAUUUAGUACUUUGAAAAUGCAACUUUUGUCUUGAAAUAUUAAAUUAAGUAAACGACUUCUCCAUACUAAAAGAGGAAAAAAAGAGAUUGGAUAAAAAUAAAGACUUUAAGUCAAUAUAUCAAGGAACUUAGUAGAAACCCUAACAUCAAAUAUGAUCAGGCAGCCUCUAGCCUUAAUUAUUGCCCCAUUGGGUGGAGAAGGCGAAGCUUGGAGUCACCUAUUCCGCUCACAGCUGCCUCCGUCUGACGCAGCAGCCUGUACUUGCAGCACAUGGUGGUUUUUGGUUCCACCGGCCUUAUUGUACAACAGACCGAAAGCUGCGAGCUCCUCAAGGAUGCGCACGCAACUCUGUGAAACGUUGCGCGCUGAAGUCGCGCUGCGCCUCGGGCUCGGCGCACAGCUGCGCGUAAAGGCGAGAUUAGUCCGUAUAACGCGCCGCUGUUGCGCUUAUCAUCCUCACUUGGCGCUGUUCUUUCUCCAGUCUGCUCAACCUCUGCUGGAGAAAUAUGUUUAGCGGGGAUGUGCUGAGAGGGAGGGCUGCAGAAAAGUGUGGGCUGGGUUCAACUGGCACUUAAAAACAAGCUCACCAUGACUCAGCAUUUUGCCUACACACACACAUCUGUUCACUUCAGUUCUCCCGUCCACUUCUUUUCUGCCCUGAGGUGGAUCCCAGCAUGGCUGCCGGCCCGGUCAGGUUGCUAUGGUCAGUGCUGCUGCCAGUUUUGGGGCUCUCUGAAGCUCUUCCAACCGACUGGCUUCCAGGAGAAUAUGUAAACACCAUCUCUGACGCCCAGAGGUUUCUGAGUGAUUACAACAGCACCGCCGAAGAGGUGUUUUACUUCAGUGUGUCUGCCAGCUGGACUUACAACACCAACUUAACAGACCACAACUCCAAGCUUCAGGUGGCAGCUUCUCUUGAAGAGCAAGCUUUCAUUGAAGCCUGGGGGUUGAAGGCCAAGACUGUCUUCACUGACGAGGUUCUCAACACGCUCCCUGACCGUAAAGACAAAAAGCUGAUGGAAAAGAUCAAGUCAUUGGGUGCUGCCAACCUUCCCCAGGGAGAACGAGAGAAGUAUAACACCAUUCUCAGCACUAUGGACAGUAUUUAUUCCACAGCUAAGGUUUACCCACAGCCAAAUGUAAGCUGGAGUCUGGAGCCUGCAAAAUCUUCAAAAUGCAAGCACAUGUCAUGACUAGAACGCGGAGGAAGACCCAGAUGCUGAAAACCCAGAAGGCAGAGGCAGAGCUCACUGACAUCAUGGCCACCUCUAGAAGCUACAAGAAGCUGCUGUUUGCUUGGGACGG